GCAGCAGCAGCAGCAGCAGCAGCAGCAGCAAGUGGCAGCUGCCGCCGUGGCUGCCGCCGCUGGUGCCGUGGGGCGAUGCUGCUGCUUACGCAGCAAAGUAUGAAGAGCUGGAGGGCCUUAUAGGCUGCGGGGCCUACGGGCAAGUGAAGCGGGUGCGGCUGCGCAGCAGCAGCAGCAGCAGCAGCAGCAGCAGCAGCAGCAGCAGCAGCAGCAGCAGCAGCAGCGGGGGGGGAGGGGCGGCUGCGGACGCGGAAACCUGCAGGCGGUGGCUGCUGCCGCCCCCAGAGCUUAUUGCUGCUCUCGGCAAUGCGGGAGCAGCAGAUGCUGCAGCAGCAAACAGCAGCAGCAGCAGCAGCAGCAGCAGCGGCAGCAGCAGCUCCUUUCUCUACACCCGAGCGGGCACUCCUCUGUACGCGGCGCCCGAGAUAGUGUGUGGGGCGCCCCGCGCGCCGUACAGCAGCAAGUGCGACGUGUGGAGCGCGGGCGUGCUGCUGCACCUGCUGUACACCCGGCGGGCGCCUUUUGCUGCUGCUGACGAAGCAAAACUUCUCUGGGCUGUUGCUUAUCAGGAGAUUGAUUGGAGUCUUUCCAUUUACCAGCCCCUCCGCAGCAGCGGGCUCCACCAGGUGCUGCAGGGCGUCCUCGAGAAGGA